AUGUAUUCAAAUGUAAUUUCUCAAGAAAUUUCUGGUUAUAAUAAACAAUGUACUUCGUGGGAUAAGUGGUCGAACUGUGUGGGUGAAUGUGGUGGUGCUGGUAUUGCAUCGCGUUACUGUAUCCGGACACCAAAUGAAAAUGUUUCUUAUAAAAAUUUGGAAUACGAGUGGAAAACGUGCAAACUUACCAGGUGUAGUUUGCAAAACUAUGCUGAAAUAAUCAAAGGAGAUGAAUUUAGAGAAAAAGAAUUAAAUUACUUAGAAACGGUUGUUGAUAAUUGUCAAUAUAGAGCCAUUUUGGACUCUUGCAUUCAGGAUUAUUGUGAUUAUUACUCUUUAAAGAAAAUUCUUAAGAACUAUACUGAUAGAUUCUGGAAUGCUCUAUUGUGUGUUAAACAUAACUUAGGUUGUCCCACAAAAGGAGGUUGGAGUGAUUGGACUUUAUGGUCAAAAUGCACAGCUACAUGUGGUCCUGGAGUUCAGUAUCGUUUGCGAUAUUGCAAUAAUCCAAUGAAUUCAAAAGAUUCGCUCAAUUGCACGGGGAAUUCUAUUGAAUUCAAAAAUUGUUAUGGUCAUUUAUGUGAAUCUAAAACAGUAUAUGGAGGCUGGUCUGAUUGGCAAAAAUGGAGUCACUGUUCAACAAAUUGUGGAAAAGGUAACAGGUAUAAGUUAAGAAGUUGUACUAGACCAGAACCUGAAGAAACAGGUAUUGAUUGUAUAGGAAGCCCAGUUGAAAUCGCUAAUUGUUAUUUAGAACCUUGUAAAGGUCCACUACUUAUGGUAUAUACAUUCGACAAAGACGCGCUUGUUCAAUAUUCAUCUACAAACAUUGAAAAUUCUAUACUCCAUAUAUUUAUACGAUUUUAUCCGCUUGGAGGUACAGGUACAUUGUUACGUCGAUUUCAUGACGAUUGUGAUAAAUGUGAUACCGUUGAAUUGAGCUUAGCAAACUAUGAUUUAAUUUUAAUGGCGUUUUUAAAUGGUUGCACUACAAAAAUAUAUACUUCAUCGAUUAUCAACGUAAGAACCUAA